CAAUCCCGUGUCCAGCAACAAUUAUUUAUAUAGAAGAACUUGUGUAGUGUGAUAUGCUCUAUAGCUAGUCUAGCUACUCAGGUUUCUUCCUCUGAGUUUUUCUUAGAUGCUUCUUGUUGCUUUUUCCUCAAUCCUUAUCAUCCUUGAGAUUUUCACAACCAACUACAUCUCCUUUCCCCCUUUCUCUCUAUUCCCUUUUUGUCUCAUCUUUCUCAAUCAAAACCUUCCUCUAUUGCUUGAACCUUUUACCCUUUAUAAAGCUCUUACAAAUAGAUCACUACUAAAACUCACUGCCGGUUUCCAUCUAUCAAUAAUAGGUCUCAUUAUCGCUCCUAUCUCUUUCUCUGUCAUGGCUGAUAUUGAUCACUAUUAUGCAAAACCUAACGCUAUCACCAACAGCACAAACCUUAAGCUCUUUGGCUUCAACAUUUUACAGAAUAAUGUUCCUGUGGAUUCAAGCAACUCUCUAUCUGGGUCUUCCGAAUCAGAGAAUGAAGGUAGAAAAUAUGAGUGUCAAUACUGUUUCCGGGAGUUCUCCAACUCUCAAGCAUUGGGUGGCCACCAAAACGCUCACAAGAAGGAAAGGCAACUUCUAAAGCGUGCACAGAUACACGCAACGCGUAACCUGGCUUCUUCUUACGUCCCUACUUCCAUGUUCUCAACCUUCACGCCGCAUCCUCCACAUCUCCUCCCGCCGGCGAUGGUUCCGAUGGCAGUGCAACAUCAUUCUCCUUCAUGGUUUUACACGUCCCAUUUGAGUCGCCCAUUGCUUUAUGGGCCUGAAAGGUGCCUUGAAGACGACAGUCGAGCGUCUGAUGAGGGUUCGGGGCUUCAUGACAGAACUUCGUCGGCGGUUGCUUUUGCGCGGAGUGGGUUUGCCGGAGAAGAUGAUAGGGCACACCAGGAUAAGGGAUUAGGUUUGAACUUGCACUUAAGUCUUUGAUCAGCUGCACCUUUCUUGAUUUGGGCUUUGAUUAAGUACAGCUUGACUCUCCUGUUGUUGUGCGGCAUGUACAUUUUACAAAUUUUCUAAUAUAAUAAAUUUUAUCCUCAAA